AUGUCGGACGAAUCGCUGCCCGUGCUUCUGAACACGGUCCAAACGCGCCUUAUCUCGGCACAGCGUCAGCUCGGCAUUGUGCGUGCGCAGGUGCAGGCAAAACAUCGCGAGGCGAAGCUGCACGAGCUCACGUACGAGCAGCUGAAGCCGCUGGGCGAUUCGACGCGCAUGUACAAAGCAGUGGGCAAAAUGUUUAUGCAGCAGGACUUUGGAGACGCUCUGGCAGCCGAGCAAAGAAAGCUGCAUUCGACAAACGAGGAUAUCGAUGCGCUGAAAAAGAAGGAAACAUUCCUCGAAAAAGAAACGGGCGUCGCACAGUCGCACUUGAACGACCUCGUGCAUUCGAUUGAAAAGGCGCAACUUGCUUCAUAG